CCGCGUAGUCUCGCGGCUCCCGAAACCGCCGCUGAUUGGCUGGGUGGUGGCGGCGUCGCUGCGGAGCCUCCUUCCCGCUUCCCCCCGCCGCUCUCGGCCCGGGCCGCCUGCCCGCCCUCUCCCCCGCCCCGGAGAGCCGCGGCCGCGCCGAGAGCCGCCAAGAUGGCGUCCGCCCUGGAGCAGUUCGUCAACAGCGUCCGGCAGCUCUCGGCCCAAGGGCAAAUGACCCAGCUUUGUGAAUUGAUCAAUAAAAGCGGGGAACUGCUAGCAAAAAAUCUCUCCCAUCUGGAUACAGUGCUUGGUGCCCUGGAUGUGCAAGAACACUCUUUAGGGGUUCUUGCUGUUUUGUUUGUGAAGUUUUCUAUGCCAAGUGUCCCUGAUUUCGAAACAUUAUUCUCGCAGGUCCAGCUUUUUAUCAGCACUUGUAAUGGGGAGCACAUUAGAUAUGCAACAGACACUUUUGCUGGCCUCUGCCACCAGUUAACAAAUGCCCUUGUGGAAAGAAAACAGCCCCUGCGAGGAAUUGGCAUUCUCAGACAAGCCAUAGACAAGAUGCAGAUGAACACAAACCAGCUGACCUCAAUACAUGCAGAUCUCUGCCAGCUCUGUUUGUUAGCAAAAUGCUUUAAACCUGCCCUCCCAUAUCUAGAUGUGGACAUGAUGGAUAUUUGUAAAGAGAAUGGGGCAUAUGAUGCGAAGCACUUUUUAUGUUACUACUACUAUGGUGGGAUGAUAUACACUGGGCUAAAGAACUUUGAAAGAGCGCUCUACUUUUACGAACAGGCAAUAACUACUCCAGCCAUGGCAGUCAGUCAUAUUAUGUUGGAAUCGUAUAAAAAGUACAUUCUAGUUUCUUUGAUACUACUUGGCAAAGUUCAACAGCUACCGAAGUACACCUCUCAGAUAGUGGGUAGAUUCAUUAAGCCCCUUAGUAAUGCAUACCAUGAAUUAGCACAAGUUUAUUCAACCAAUAAACCAUCGGAGCUCCGAAACUUGGUCAACAAACAUAGUGAAACAUUCACCAGAGAUAACAAUAUGGGGCUGGUUAAGCAGUGCUUGUCAUCUCUUUAUAAAAAGAAUAUACAGAGGUUAACCAAGACAUUUUUAACCCUGUCAUUACAAGAUAUGGCAAGUAGAGUGCAGUUAUCGGGGCCGCAGGAAGCAGAAAAAUAUGUCCUUCACAUGAUAGAAGAUGGUGAAAUCUUUGCAAGUAUUAAUCAGAAAGAUGGUAUGGUCUGUUUCCAUGAUAAUCCUGAAAAAUACAAUAAUCCGGCUAUGCUUCAUAACAUUGAUCAGGAGAUGCUGAAAUGUAUAGAGCUUGAUGAACGACUGAAAGCCAUGGAUCAAGAGAUCACUGUGAACCCUCAGUUUGUGCAGAAGAGUAUGGGCUCUCAAGAAGAUGAUUCAGGAAGCAAACCUUCAAGUUAUUCUUGAAAUUAACAUUGGCCACUAUUCAGUUUUAAAGUAAAAGCUAAAGAAAACCACCUUUUGGACUGGGCAUUGAAAAGUCCUAUGAAGAGAGCAGAGAGAACUGAGGCUUUCACCUGGACAUUUAGAAAAUAAAAUGACACCUUCUCAGUACUGUAUGAUUUCAAAAAUACUCUCUGCAAAGAAAGGAAAUCUCAAAGAAAUUUUAAAGUCUGUUGUGGAUUUAUUUAUCUUCAGAUUAACAUCGUUAAUGCAUUAAAUAAUCUUCCUU